CGGCUCGGGGGUGCAGAGCACCCUCUCCCGGCGCUGCCUGUCAGCAGCUGCUGGACUUUUUUUUUAAUUUUUUUUUUUAAUUAUUUUUUUCUGCCUGUCAGUUGGGGCGGCUCGUCCCGUCCCAUUCCGUCCCGUCCCAUUCCGUCCCGUCCCUCCCGGUGCCGCUCGCCGGGGGAUGCCGCGCCCCGCGCCCCGCGGCUGAGCGGGUCCCGCCGGGGCUCCAUGGGCUGCACCGGCAGCGCCCUGCGCUGCUGCCCCGUCGGUGCCGAGAGACAGCUAAAAGCCCAGCAGCAGAGGGGAUCGGCUUCCCAGGAGCUCACAGCCUUGAAGACAGAGAAUGCCGAUGCCUCCCUGCUUUCUGAGGACAGGAAAAAGAAGGCAGUGCUGCCAGAGGAGUGGACAGAAAGUGCAAGAUUCCUCCAAGGCCAGGAGGAGGAGGAGCAGCUGCAAGAUGCUGGCCGGGCAGGCACCACAAGCAUCAUCCAGGACAUUCACAUCCAGGUGGAAAAGGCAAAAGAGCUGGAGCUGAAGGAACAGUUUGAUGCCCUGAGGAGAGAGCACACGGAGACCCUGCAAGAGCUCCAGAGAGCACAUGAGAAGGAGAAGCUGCUGCUGGCAGAGUCCCACCACAGGUCCCAGGCGGCCUUACAGGAGACAAUUCAAGCACUGAAUUCCCAGCUGAAAUCCUUCCAGGAGAAGAUGAAGCGGGUGGAAGAGUCACUCUCGAGCACAGACUACAAGAAGCACAUCCAGGAGUAUGGGAGCCCCAGCCCCUUCUGGGAGCAGGAGCUGGAGAGCCUGCACUUCGUCAUCGAGAUGAAGAAUGAGCACAUCCAUGGCCUGGAUAAGAAGCUGCUGCACCUGGAGAACGUGGAAGAGAAGAACCUUCUGCUGGAGGAGAAGGUGAAAACUCUCCAGCAGGAGAACGAGGACCUGCAAGUUCGCACCCAGAACCACUUGGUCAUGGCAAGGCAGCUGUCUGAGGAGCUACAGGCUGCCCGCGGGGCGCUGGAGAAGGAGGCACAGCUGCGGGAUCAAGCUCACCGUGAGAAGGAGGAGCUGCUGUACCGUGUGCUCAACGGGGGGGACGGCACCCCCUUCCCCCUGGCUGCCAGCGAGGUGCCCCUCAUCGCCACGUAGCACAGCACCCAUAGCACUGCGUGCUGCCAGGGGGGCUGCCGGGGCUUUCCCCAGCUGUGUGAGCCCAGGGCUGGUCUCACAAGUGCCCCCCAGCCAGGGCAAGGCUCCGGGCCAGCCGAGCCCUCGGGGUGUCCCGUCGGACCGGAGUAAUGGAGCAUUUCACAGGACACUUGCGCCUGCCUUUCCCCGGCCCGUGCGGAGCUGCAGAGGGACCCUGGCCACCCGCCUGUGCCAUCCCUGCACCCCUUCCUCUGGUGGCAGUCUGGGGGUGAAAGGGGUCAGCCAGGACACAUAGGCUUGCAUUGGGCCGAUCUGACCCAGCGCUUGGCUCUGAGCAUAACCAGCACCAUUGCUGCCCAGGGCGUGAGGCGAGGAUGAUGAGGUGCUCACUAGGAUGGGGAUGAGCACUGCGAGGAUGAGGAGGGCACUGGGAACAUGGCGUUAAGGUACCUCUGUAGGCAGGGCUCCCAUCCCUGCCCUCCUCCUCCCAUCACCUCCAUCACCUUCAGCAAAUGUCUCCCAGGGGUUGCUCCUACAGCCCGUGUGUGUCCCUGCUCACUGCCACAAAGACCCCAAGCCCUCCCUGUCCCCACUGCCCAUCAGCAGCACCACCAACCCCAUCUCCUGCCCCAAAGCUGGGCAGAGGCUGCGUGCCAGGGCUGCACAUAUGGGGAGCAGAGCAUCCUCCCAAGGGACAGCAGGCUUCAGCAGGUCACAUCCUGCUCUGAGCCAGUGCAUCCCCAUCAGGGAAGAUGCUGCCAGCAUGGCUGUGGGUCAGGGCUGGAUGCACACAAGCACUUUCCACUGGGUGCACGAGUGUGGUGGGACAGUCACUGCUCCGGGGCUGUCACUGGCCUGUCCCCUCCCCAGGGCUGUUUAGCCAGGGGUGUGCGUGUGUGUGUGUGUGCGUGUGUGUGUGUACGUGUGUGUGUGUGCACCAGGCCAACGUGCUACUGGCUGUAACAAUUACAAGUUUGUAAGAAGCAGCAGCCUCAAGAAUUCCAUGUCAGUGGUUUUGGUAACUGGUGCAGGAACAUCCCAGAGUGGAGCUGUGUGCUCUGAACCCAGUGUGGUGGGAAGAUGGGGAGGGUGGGAGCAGGCCCCACAAAGACACAACAAGGGAGCCCCAGAGGAGGUCCCUACAGCUGAUCCCUCUUUUCCUGCUCCUUCCCUCUUUUCAUUCAUUUCAAUGGGCUCCCCAGCACAGAGCAGACCCCGAACCUCCCAGCCCUGCCAAGGCAGCAGGGCCACUGCAACAGCCACUUCCGUCCUUUGUGCUGACCCUUAUCAGGAAAAGAGCAGCUGAAUGAGGCAGCCAGGAAGGCAACACGGAUGUGGGGUCCAGCUCUUACCCACACACCUCCACGAGGUGCCCAGAGGGGGAAUAGGGGCGCCUGUUUUGUCAGAAACGUCCCCCCAGGGCACCUACUGCUCCAUGCAUCAUCCAAGCAUCUCCUUGGCUCUGGGGAUGGGUGUUGGGGCACCUUCUAGCUUUGCCCAGCAAGCUCAGGGAUGCAGGGGGACAUGCCAGGUGCUGUAGCACCAAAGCAGAAGAUGCCACAGGAAAUCCUUCCUGUUUGUAUCUGAAGGGGACAGGAUCUCUGGGAAAAGGAGAUGAGGUUGGUGGGGUCUGGCAUCCUGCUCUGGACACCUGGUACCAUGUCCCACCACCCCAAAGGCAGAUCCUGUGUGUGACCUGGAGAAAUGUGCCUGGUUCUGGGAAAGGGGAGCACUGGGAAAUGAGAAGGAGGAAUAAAUGAGUGCAGAGAA